CGUUAAGUUUCCAGAAAUGGGUCCCGGAUAAAGGAAAGAAUAUUCCAGAAACACCGUGGACUACGGGGUUUCGAGUGCGGGCAGGAGCACAGCGGCCCACGGCCGUGAAGGAGCUUAGCAGCCGGUAGUAGCAGAAGGAGUCGCCGGCCAUUGUGUGUCAGGAACGGAAUUCCCAUCAUAUUGAAGCCCCGUCCCCAUCCCUUACUAGCCUUCCUGAUUCUGUUCUGGGAGAGUUCAGACCAGUAUCAUCGCCAAGAUAGCCGGGCCAGGCAGGAAGAGGCACACCUCAGAUCCAGACCCCAGCAGCGGUAGUGAUUCCGGCGACGGGCGGCCUGUUAGUGCCAAGUGCCUGAAGAUGGCCAGCAGCGGUGGUAGCGAGACAGUGGGCCGUCGCGGUGGGGCUCAGCAGAGAGGAGGCAGCGGGAGGGACAGCAGCUCAGACCUGUCCUCCAGUACCAGUAAGAAGAAGCAGAAGGACAGGGCCAAUCAGGAGAGCAGAGAGGCCAAGAGGGCAGCAGCAGCUGCUGCUUCAGCAGAUGGGGUCAUUGCAGAAGUCAAGAAAGAUGUAUUUGUGGACUGGAAGCAGAAUGUCAAUGAAGUGACUGUCAGGCUGCGCUGUGGGGAGGGGGUGCAGAGGAUAGAGGACAUAAGCACAACCUUCACGGAUACACACUGCCAUGUUUGCUUCCCAGAUGGACGGCAGUGGAGCUGCCAGCUGCAGGAGGAAAUUGAGGCUUCGUGUAGCAGAGUCCAGUACAAGGAGAAGGGAGGCUUCCUGCACAUCAUCAUGCACAAGAAGAUUCCCUUUCACAUCUGGCCAUCACUUAAGUCAAACAAGAAGGAGAAGGAGAAAGCGGCAGCGCCCACAGAGGCCAAAAAUGACAAGGAACCAGAGAUGAAGCCUGUUGCAUCGGAGUCUUCAGAGAAACCCAAACAACUUCAUCCCCAGCCUCCCUCCUCACCUGCACACAGCGAGUCAAGACGCGGAGGCGGCAAAGCUGAGCGGGGUGUCAAGCGCUGUAUGAAAAACAAACCAGCAUGCGACAAAGCCACCACGGACUCUGUAGGGGCGAAAGGCGGAGCUGGAGAAGGCUCAGCCACCACCAGCAAGCCUGUUCCCGUCACAAAAGCCGAGCAGCAGCCUCAGGAACCCAGUGCCAAGCGCACCAUUGUACGGCCGCCCAAGACCACUAAGGAGGGUACAUCAGCUGCUGACAGGGACACACACUCUGUCAAGUCUAAUAGUAAAGCUCCACACACACACCUGCCCGCUGGUCGGAGCCCGCAGACACAACGCAGGGAUGGAAACAACAGAGCAGACAGACUAAGCAGCGGUCAGGAACCGAAACCUGGAGUUGCUGUCGCUGCUGCCAGCCAUACCAACAAAACUCAGGUGGCAGAGAAACAAACCCAGUCUUCAGACAGGUCUGGAGCAACAGCACCCGGCAAUGAAAGCCAACCAGCAGCUCCCAUCAGCACCAGUGACUGCCUCAAACCUGUCGACUUCAACAGUGAAGUGGACUCCGCUUAUCCUGCAAGACCAGGAGACAGAACAGACUCAGAGCCAGAGAAAAAGCCUGUUGAGCAGGAAUCGGAGCAGGAUACUCUGAUCUGCCAGCAGCUUGGAUCAAAAGAGACGGUACCAGCACCAACUGUUGGCAUGGUUGCCAAACAAGGCCUGGCACCCGAUGUAGCCCAGAGGCAGGGCAGCUGUGACGGAGAGGAGAAGCGGGACCAGUCCAAGGAGGAGCCCUCUCUGGAAAUUAAACAACAGGAAGCCCCAGAGCCGAUGGUGAACCUACAGUUUGUGAAGAACGAUUCGUAUGAAAAGGGCACAGACCUCAUGGUGGUUAAUGUUUACAUGAAGGGGAUCUGCAGGGACACAGCCAGGGUCAUCUUCAGGGAACAGGACUUCACCCUCAUCUUCCAGACAAGUGAUGCUAACUUUCUGCGGCUUCAUUCAGACUGUGGACCAAACACAGUCUUCAAGUGGCAAGUCAAACUCAGGAACCUGAUCCAGCCUGAGCAGUGCAGCUACUCCUUCACCCCAUCCCGCCUGGACAUCACCCUGAAGAAGAGACACAGCCAGCGCUGGGGGGGUCUGGAGGCCCCUGCCACACAAGGUGCAGUGGGUGGCGCCAAGGUCGCUGUGCCCUCCAGCCCUGCCUGCAUGGAUAAGAGCCAACCAGGCAGCAGCCAGCACAGCCUCCCAGCCAAGGAGGAGCCACCAAGAGUCGGGGAGGAGAAACCCAAGGCCCCUAAGGCUUCAUCCAGAGUGGAGGAUGGUGGUCUGGAUACUGUAGCUCCUCGCACCGUCUCUGAGCAUGUUGCUAUUACCAAGCCAGAGACCACAGUUACCGCACCUAAGCCUACCUGCAUGGUGCAGCCCAUGACCCAUGCACCUCCUGCCAGCAAUGAGCGCCAUGAGGAGGAGGAGGAGAAGAAGGUGUGCCUGCCUGGUUUUACAGGAUUGGUUAACCUUGGCAACACCUGCUUCAUGAACAGUGUUAUCCAAUCCCUGUCCAACACCAGAGAACUCAGGGAUUAUUUCCAUGAUCGAGCAUUCGAGGCAGAAAUCAACUGCAAUAAUCCACUGGGAACAGGAGGCAGGUUGGCCAUCGGCUUUGCAGUGCUGCUCAGGGCCCUUUGGAAAGGAACUCACCACGCCUUCCAACCCUCAAAACUCAAGGCAAUUGUGGCCAGUAAAGCCAGUCAGUUUACAGGUUACGCCCAGCAUGAUGCUCAGGAGUUCAUGGCUUUCUUGCUGGACGGGCUACAUGAGGACUUGAACCGCAUCCAGAAUAAACCGUACACAGAGACGGUUGACUCUGACGGACGCCUGGAUGAGGUGGUUGCAGAGGAAGCAUGGCAGAGGCACAAGAUGAGAAACGACUCCUUUAUAGUGGACCUCUUCCAAGGCCAGUUCAAAUCCAAGCUCGUUUGUCCAACAUGCUCCAAGGUGUCUAUCACCUUUGACCCUUUCCUCUACCUGCCAGUCCCACUGCCCCAGAAACAAAAGGUGCUCUCAGUUUUCUACUUCGCUAAGGAACCUCAUAAAAAACCCAUCAAGUUUUUGGUCAGUGUGAGCAAGGAGAACUCCAGCACUGCUGAAGUCCUUGAAUCCAUCUCCAGGAGUGUGAGGGUCAAACCAGAGAAUCUGAGACUUGCAGAGGUGGGGAAGAACCGCUUCCAGCGCAUGUUCCUGCCGUCCCAUUCCCUGGACACGGUGUCCUCCUCGGACAUGUUGUUCUGCUUUGAGGUGCUCUCCAAAGACCUGGCCAAAGAGAGGGUGAUAGUGCUCAGAGUGCAGCAGAAACUCCAGGUCCCAAACAUCCCCAUCUCAAAGUGUGCCGCCUGCCUGAAGCCUCCAGUGUCUGAGGAAGACAAGCUGAAGCGGUGCACUCGCUGCUAUCGUGUGGGCUACUGCAAUCAAGUAUGUCAAAGGACCCACUGGCCCAAUCAUAAGAGUCUGUGUCGACCCAACAUGGAGAACGUGGGUCUGCCCUUCCUGGUCAGCGUGCCGGAGUCUCGACUCUCCUAUACCCGCCUCACUCAGCUACUAGAGGGUUUCUCCAGGUUUUCUGUCAACGUGUUCCAGCCUCCUUUCCAGUCAGGCAGGACGUCGCCUGAAGCGUCUCAGUGUCGGGCAGACCUCCCCCCAAUGCCAGCCGGCUCACCUGAGGGUGUUGGGUCUGGGGAUGAGGCCAUGGGUGGUAGCAGUGCUGUAGGAGCAGGUGAUCUGGAGCUGGAGAGCCAGUCUCUGUUGCCUGAAUCCCAGGCAGAGUAUGCUCAGGCCUCAGCCAUCCACUCUGCGGAGUCAGAGUCCCUGUCCUCCUCCCAGACCUCCCUCUCCACCAUGCGGACUACAGACUCAGGAUUCACUGAGCCAAUCUCCACAACGUCCUGCUGCUCUCUGGACCCUCAUGCUGAAAAAGAGACGUCCUGUGAGAAGGCAGUGCGGCCAGAAGCUGCAGUAACAGGGUACCAGCAUCCAAGCGAAUCCGCAUCAGGUCAUGCCAGUCAGUUCUAUGUCUCUCUGCUGGACUCUAACAACAAGGAGCAGAGGCUGGAUGAGAAAGAGGACUUGCUUGCGGACCUCCCUGAAGACGUGACCCUGGAGAUGGUUUGGAAAAACAACGAGCGCCUGAAGGAGUACGUCCUGGUGAGCUCCAAGGAGCUGGAGUAUGAGGAGGACCCCGGCUCGUUGAGUGAGACAGCCAGAGCGGGACACUUCACCCUGGAGCAGUGCCUCAACCUCUUCACCAAGCCAGAGGUGCUGGCACCAGAGGAAGCAUGGUACUGUCCAAAGUGCCAGCAGCACCGUGAGGCCUCCAAGCAGCUGCUGCUGUGGCGUCUGCCCAAUGUUCUGAUCAUCCAGCUCAAACGCUUCUCCUUCAGGAGCUUCAUCUGGAGGGAUAAGAUCAACGACAUGGUUGACUUCCCCGUCAGGAAUCUGGAUCUGAGCAAGUUCUGUAUUGGCCAGAAGGAUGAGAUGCAGCAGCCUCCUAUCUAUGACUUGUAUGCCGUCAUCAACCACUAUGGUGGAAUGAUAGGAGGCCACUACACGGCCUACGCUCGCCUGCCAAGUGACAAGAACAGCCAGCGCAGUGAUGUUGGCUGGCGUCUGUUUGAUGACAGCACCGUGACAAUGGUGGAAGAGAGUCAGGUGGUGACGCGCUACGCCUAUGUCCUGUUCUACCGGCGACGAAACUCCCCCGUGGAGAGGCCACCGCGCUUCCUCAGGCCUAUGGGAGCCGAGUCACCUACUGCAGCAGGAGCUACUGCCAGCCAGGCCUCUAGCCAGUCACUAUUCGGGACAGACCUGGAUCCUGAAGGACCACCGUCGCUGACCCCGGAGGUGCCCUCUGACCUCUUUGCCCACUCCGGAGAGUGCACGGCGCCGUCCUACAGCAACAUGGAGGAGGUGGACUAGUCGCGACGAGGACUGAAGAGAAUGCAGAUCAGAGCUGGUGAUCCAGGGAGGUUCCCGGGUGGAAACUGCUCCUCGGCUGCAGACACAUCAGUGCUCAUUUAUUACACAGGCGCCUGAAGCCGUCGUUACAGUAACCGUGCAGUGCUAGAAGAUCUGGAGGUGGUCUCUGAGGACUGGACAGCACUCACUUGUGACAGACCUUCAGAUGCACAUUUAGAUGUGUACUCAGUACUAACUAGACACACAUCAUUGAUAUACUCACAUUAAUAUACUUACCCAUUGAUAAAGACUUAACGAGCUGUAUAUGUAAUUAUAUUCAUUCAGUGCAUAUAGGGACACACACACAUACACAGACGCUAACACACUUGUAUAAUCUCAUAGCUCCUGUUAGCUGCUGCUAAAGGAGCUCAUCCUCAACCACCUAACAGAGUCAGUGGAGUGCCUGCCAGGCUCCCACGCACCAACGCACCUUGUGGUCUGGUUUCAAGCUAAAAACCUCACUGCUAACCUUUACCAGACCUUUUAAUCCCUGGCUACAGCUACGGUGGAUUACUAGGGUAAAUUUGGGGAGUUUGAGUGAAGAUUGUUGUCAUGUGCGUAAAUCUUUUACUUCUUUUGUUUUGUUUUUUGAGGUAUUGCCUGGUUUGAUUUGUCUGUGGCAGGUUAUUCAGUAACUUGGAUUAGAAUUGUAGAAAACAAAUGUGAGACGGGUGAAGACCUGCUACAUUUCUUUUUUCUUUUUCUUUUUUUAAAUACAGAGGGCACACACUGUUUGUGUUUUUGUUUUUGCUUUGUAAACUUCAUUUGGCUUCUGUUGCUUUGGCGGGUUUUGUUUGUUUUUUGUACUUGUUUGGAUAUUCGAUCCUGUGGAUGCAAUUGUCAAAGGCUUCAGUAUAAACUGAAAUGUGCAUGACUGCAUGUUCAUUCAGGCUGUAACCCGAGCCCCUGUUAAGUCCCUCCCCAUCCACCUGGAAUUUUGCUAAAUUUCAUUAUUUCUGUUUUGCGUGAGUUGUCCGGUCUCACCCCUUCCCUCCUUUGUAAUGGAUUGCGUAUAUAAAGUGGGGAUCAUUAAGAAUGCUGCUGUGGAUUCAUAUGAAUGGUUAAUAUAAAUAAAAACAAUUUUGAGUAUUGCUGA